GAGUCUGGGAGGUGAUACCAUGAGGCUGUGGCUAGUUCUUCUCUUGCUCAGCUUCCCAGGCUGUUUCUCCAUCAAAGGCCCAGAGUCCGUGAGGGGCCUGGAGGGGGGUUCGGUGAGCAUGCAGUGUCAAUAUACACCAGGAUGGGAGACUUACAAGAAGUGGUGGUGUCGUGGAGCGGACUGGGAGUCAUGCCACACCCUCGUUGAAACUGAUGGAUCAGAGCAAGAAAUGAAGGUAGACCGUGUGUCCAUCAGGGACAACUGGAGUCACCUCUUAUUCACAGUGACCAUGGAGGAGGUCAGGCAAAGUGACACAGACACUUACUGGUGUGGGAUUAGCAGAUAUGGACCUGACCUUGGGGCAUCUAUCAAAGUGACCAUUGACCCAGUGGACAUGGUUCUGAGCACCUCGGUGAGCCCAAGAUCCAGAACAACUACCAGCAGACGUACAGGGUUGACAUCCAACUCCUACAUCAGGAACCACUACAUUCUCCUGGCUUUCCUGAAGGUGUUGGUCUUGCUCAUGUUGGUUGGUACUGUCUUUUGGUUGAAGGGGUCUCAGCAGAGACUGCCCAUCUAUGUGAACUUGUCCUCUGAUCUCGUCAGAGACACAGCCCCUUAGACAGACGGACAAGCAGAAACUUCCACUCCUGGACCCCAUUUCCAGAGGAGACCCAGGCUGUGGCAGAAAUGCCUCUGGGUCCUCGGGAAGUGGUGACUGAUGCUGGGGGUGCUGAGGGGCUGGCCAGGCACCCUCCUGGCUCUGCACAGCUCAGGCACAC